GGACGGCGGAACGCACGCGCAACAUUUGUGUUGUUGUUUGUGGCGGUAAGAUGGCGGCGCUCGGAGAUUCAUCAGCUCCGGGGGUGAAUGGGUUAAUACAACAAUUCACAGCAAUCACAGGAGCUACAGAGAGUAUAGGAAAACAUAUGCUGGAAGCAUGCAACAACAACCUAGAGAUGGCCGUCACCAUGUUCCUGGAUGGAGGUGGCAUCGCCGAGGAGCCCAGCACCAGUUCUGGAUCUGCGGCGGCUUCGAGCAGCAGAGCUCCACCUGAAGAUGAAGUACGUGCGCCGAUUCCCCAAAAGCAAGACAUAUUGGUGGAGCCGGAGCCACUGUUCGGAGUGCCAAAACGUAGACGUCCUGCACGCUCCAUCUUCGAUGGCUUUCGGGACUUUCAAACGGAAACAAUCCGACAGGAACAGGAGCUGAGGAACGGCAGCACGGUGGACAAGAAGCUGAGCACCCUGGCAGACCUUUUCCGCCCCCCCAUCGAGCUCAUGCAUAAAGGAAGCUUUGAAACGGCGAAAGACUGCGGGCAGCUGGAGAACAAGUGGCUGAUGAUCAACAUCCAGAACGUGCAGGACUUUGCCUGCCAGUGUCUGAACCGGGACGUGUGGAGCAACGAGGCCGUGCGGACCAUCAUCAGAGAGCACUUCAUCUUCUGGCAGGUGUAUCAUGACAGUGAAGAGGGCCAGAGGUACAUCCAGUUCUACAAGCUAAACAAGUUUCCCUAUAUUUCGAUCCUCGACCCUCGGACAGGUCAGAAGAUGGUGGAGUGGAACGAGUUGGACGUGGCGUCGUUCCUGGAGCAGGUCACGGGCUUCCUGGCCGAGCACGGCCAGCUCGACGGGCCGUCGUGCAACGCUCCGCCCGCCAAACGAGCGCGCUCCGAGAGUCUGAUCGACGCCAGUGAGGACAGCCAGCUGGAGGCGGCCAUCCGGGCGUCCCUGCAGGAGACCCACUACGAGUCCUCCGUCCUGGACGUCCCCCACUCCCCCCAGUCGGAGGCGGAGGAGGACUCGGAGGCGGAGCCCUUCUCCGACAGCGAGGGCCUCAUCUCCAUCGACGGCUCCGACAACGACGCGCCCGAGCCCCCCGUGCAGCAGAUGCCCGCGUCGUCGUCGUCGUCGUCGUCGUCAUCGACGACCUCGUCGAGCCGACGGCCCACUGCCGCCGCCGCCGCCGCCGCCCCUCCCACCUCCUCCUCUUCCUCCUCAUCCGCCGCCUCCACCCCGCAGCCGCUCGGUUCCAACAGCGCCCCCGCCUGCCACAGGAAGUCCCUGCACAAAGAGCACAGCCACAGGAAGGAGGAGAGCAAAAAGAACCACCUGGAGCGGCCAGCGGAGGCGGCGCUGGCGGCCCGCACUAACUCUGAGCCGGCGCCGCCGGGGGAGAACCACUGUUCCACGGCGGCCCAGAGCACCACGCCGUCAGGCGCCGCCAGGCCCUCGGACUCGGACGGACCCGACGCCGACGACGGUCCGAAGGCCAGGUUGAUGCUUCGCUACCCGGAUGGUCAGAGAGAGCAGAUUGCACUGUCUUCCAAAGCCAAAUUGAUGGCCCUGGUCAGACACGUCCAGUCUAAAGGUUAUCCCAAUGAACGCUUUGAGCUCGUCACCAACUUCCCCAGAAGGAAACUCGCACACUUGGACUACGACAUGACCCUGCAGGACGCUGGGCUUUGUCCACAGGAAACUGUGUUUGUGCAGGAGAGGAACUAGCUUACUUAAUUGACCACCCGCCCCCCACUCCACCCUUCAACACAUGCACCCAUCCUCUGGUAGAUCCUCUACUCAUUACAGAUGAUUGGCCAGGGAUCAUGUCAUUGGCCUUAUCCCUUUUUAACACUUUUUUUUUUUUUUUCGAAAUUAGGCCCUCGAUUACUGGGACAUGUUUGAGUGGAAGGACUGAUUACCUUUUUUCUCUCCCCCAUUACUUUUCCACUGGCUUGAAUACUGAUGUACUCUCUACUGGCAGCCUAAACCUUUUUUGUAGUGUGAAACAUAUGGCCAGUCAGGUGUUGACACCAGCAAUCUCCAAAAUGUGGUUCUACAGACCCCUUGUUAUUUUUCGUCAUGCGUAUUUCAUCUCGACCAACCCUGUAUUUUUGUUUUUUCAUCGCCCCGACUCGUUCCAACUGUUAUCCAGAUGGAACACAUUUGAUAACGUUCAUAUAAAGUUCCAUGCAUCUAACAAGAGAGGGGAUAUUUGAUGAGACACUGCACAGCCACUGGAUUUCACCAGUGUCUGUAGUGUCAUCUCUUACUUUCCGGCUGUUUGUAACAGUUUUUCUGUACCUGGGAGGGUGAUGGAAAGAAAGGCUUUUGUAAGCAUCUGUUUGUACCAAAUGUUACCGUUGUAGUUAUUAAGGCGAGGGGGACAUGGAAACAAUGGUUCUGUGAAUUGGAAAGGACUUUAAACGUGUCUCACUAUCCCCAGCGAAGAACUGAAGAUCUCGGAAGAUCGGUAGAUCUGCACAUUUGUACUCGAGUUUCUAUUGGUUCAUUUUAGACUAGAAGAUGAGAUUUGAGAGUUUCUGCCUUUUGAUACAAAAGUGAAUGAAUGAGGAGCUGUUCAUAUCAUUGAUCAGUCCUGCUUUGUACAGGCGUGGUGUAGAGAUGAUAUUUAGUUGUAGUAAUUGUUCAUUCAGUUUUUUUUUUUUUUAUAUAUGUUCUGCCAGGCAAAUGUGCUGAUGCUGAAAUAUAAUCAUCGAAACCAAAAUAAAUAUGUUUGGUCUUCUCUUAAAUUUCCAAACCUCCCAACAAGCAAAAAUUCCAAAUACACAAAAGGGAUGGGGGCGCAAAGCUUACAUUAGGAAUGUGUUCUUUUGAGUUUUGACUGCUAUCCAAAUACCCUUCAAUAAACACUGAGUCAGAGUUCUGGUUCAGAGCUCCAGAGGGAUAAUUGUAGGCCACUUCUAUAACUAGACGGUAGAUGAUACGAUUUUAGCAUUAUGGGAUUAUAAUCAAACUUUUCAAACCCAGAGAAGUUUGGGACAUGUAACUUAAAUGACAGAACGAAAAAACACAUGCGUGAUAUCAAGCACCUUUUGGGUGAACAAGUUGAGUGUUUGGCCUUUCCAGAAAGCUUUUGCGGUCUGUAGUGGCUAAAACUCCCUUGUGAAUUCGUAAAUAGCUCUUAAACAUAUUCAGUUGAUUGACCGCACUAACACGGCCUAUCUAGUAAUCAGCUUUUCCAAUGAGGCGUAUCGGUUAACGGGUCAGAGAUGAAAGCAUAUCUGCAGCUGAUCAAACAAUGGUCUCGAGGGGGGAUGGGGGUGCUCAACCGCCCCCUCUUCUAAGCAAACUACAGCUCUGUCAAAAUGUUAACCCUAACCCCACACCCUCCUACCCCACAUUUCUUGGCUUUUAUACCGUUCAGAGUAGUACCACAGCAAUGUGCGGGGGGAGAGCCUAUAUAAUAAUAAUAAGUUGCAUUUAUUCCAGGUACUCAAAGUGUGUGUGUGUGUGUGUGUGUGUGUUUUGAGCACCCACCUGGGUGAUGAAUAACGUAAGGUAUGUGCGAUAGCAUACUGACUGUCCAUUGGAGAGGUGAGUUUGGAUGCAAUCCGAUGAGAGACCAGGUGAUGAUACUGUUUGUGUGGGCACAAUAUACAUUAUAUUAUAUUUGGAGUAUGAAAGAGGGCCGUAGCCCACGAGUAUCAAUGGGCCUAUUAUCUAACAAGGGAGACGACUCCAACCCUUGUUCAGGCAGACCUCAGUUGGUUCUCGGAAGGACUGGUCAAUGAAAGUUAAAGUUUGACCAAUGUGCCGUCUGGAAGCACUUUGCGACUGCAGAGUUAAUUUGUGUUGGAUGGGAUAGGUUUGCGAUAUUUAAAAGCACGCAAAUAAAAGUUUUUGGUGAAUUAGCUGUAUUA